AGACGGUAGCUGCUCUCUCUCUUUCCUUUUCUCAACCGUUCCCUUCUCUCUGUUGGAGAAGGACGUCUCUUCUACCAGAUUUCCCUAUUUCCGAAGCAAAACCCUAGCAAUCGAUCGCUUCAGAUCUCAUCAAUCCUUUCCCCUUUUCCAGAUUCCAGGCAUUAAAUCCAUGUCGAUUCUCGACUGCUCACCUUAAACAAGAUCCCUCUCUCUUCUCUCUACGAGAGAAGAAAUAAUGGUGGUUUCCGGCCCGCUGACGCCUGGUCAGGUUUCUUUCUUGCUUGGAAUUGCCCCUGUCUUUAUAGCAUGGAUAUAUUCUGAGAUACUGGAGUAUAAGAAAUCUUCAUCUCAUUCUAAAGUUCACUCGGACAUCAAUUUGGUUGAAUUGGGAAAUGACACAAUCAAGGAAGAUGAUCGGGUUAUCUUGGUUGAAGGAGGACUUGCAAAAUCAGCUUCUGCUAGAUUUCAUAGUUCAUCAGUUAGAGCUAACCUAAUCAGGUUCUUAACAAUGGAUGAGCCCUUCUUGCUUGAGAAUCGAGCAACUUUAAGAGCCAUGUCCGAAUUUGGGGCACUUCUGAUGUACUUUUACAUAUGUGAUCGGACAAAUGUCUUUUCAGACUCUAAAAAGAACUACAGCCGGGACCUUUUCCUCUUUCUCUACGUUCUGCUUAUCAUAGCUUCAGCUAUGACUUCUCUCAAGAAGCACCAUGAUAAGUCAGCGUUCUCUGGCAAAUCCAUACUUUACCUUAAUCGGCAUCAAACCGAGGAAUGGAAAGGAUGGAUGCAGGUAUUAUUUUUAAUGUACCACUACUUCGCUGCAACAGAGAUAUAUAACGCAAUACGUGUGUUCAUUGCUGCUUAUGUCUGGAUGACUGGAUUUGGGAACUUCUCCUAUUAUUACAUUCGAAAGGAUUUUAGCCUUGGGCGCUUUGCUCAGAUGAUGUGGCGGCUGAAUUUCUUGGUGACAUUCUCCUGCAUUGUUCUUAAUAAUGACUAUAUGCUGUAUUAUAUCUGUCCCAUGCACACGCUUUUCACUCUCAUGGUGUAUGGAGCACUUGGCAUUUUUAACAAGUAUAACGAGAUUGGGUCAGUGAUGGCUGUGAAGAUCAUCGCAUGUUUUUUGGUGGUUAUUUUGUUUUGGGAAGUUCCUGGAGUUUUUGAUCUUUUAUGGAGUCCUCUGACAUUCCUACUAGGAUACCAAGAUCCAGAUCCUUCAAAAGCAAAAUUUCCGCGCUUGCAUGAAUGGCAUUUCAGAUCGGGCCUUGAUCGCUAUAUCUGGAUCAUUGGAAUGAUAUAUGCUUACUAUCACCCUACUGUUGAAAGGUGGAUGGAGAAACUAGAGGAAUCUGAAACCAAACAAAGAUUGUCGAUUAAAGCUAUCAUCGUGACUCUUUCCUUAUUGGCUGGUUAUUUGUGGUUUGAACAUAUUUACAAGAUGGACAAAGUCACAUACAAUAAGUUCCAUCCUUACACAUCAUGGAUACCCAUAACUGUUUACAUUUGCUUGCGGAAUUUCACACAGCAUCUCCGAAGUUUCUCUUUGACUCUCUUUGCGUGGCUUGGCAAGAUAACUUUGGAAACCUAUAUUUCCCAGAUCCACAUCUGGCUGAGAUCUAACAUGCCCAAUGGACAGCCCAAAUGGCUACUUUGUCUCAUUCCUGACUAUCCCUUGCUGAACUUCAUGCUUACAACUGCCAUUUAUAUCCUGAUAUCGCACCGGCUAUUUGAUCUGACAAAUGUGCUCAAGUCAGCCUUUGUGCCCAAUAAAGAAAACAAGCGUCUGCUGUACAAUUUCAUCGCUGGAGCCUUGAUAUCAAUCUCUUUGUAUUGCAUUUCAUUGAUUCUUGUUCAGAUUCCUCGGUUGCUGGUAAGAGAUUGUGGCCCAAAGAAGAUUAAGACAAGACAACUUGUUGGGGCUGAAAAAUUCAGAUACCCGCUAAUAAGCGGGUCGGUGGUGAAGGUUUUGUUUGAGGAAAAAUGCUUUGAGAGGGGCUGUGUUUCCAUUUUUGAAAGAAUUGCUGAAGCUCUUGAAUUGCGAGCUCGUGUGGCACUUGUGGGAGCAGAUCUCUUUUCAAGUGGAUAGAAGAUGGUUUGGGUUGGCUGGAAGGAGAUAUGGGUAAUGAUGGGGGCAGAUUUGAUUUUUAAAUUCUUGGGGAAGGCCUUUUUGUUGAUGUUUGUUAUUCUUUUUCUAAUGAGAAGUUGAGAGAAAUUGGUGUUUGUGUUACAUGCAUGUGUAUGCUUCCUGUGAUAUCUAAUAAAUUCUAGAUUCGAGGUAAA